AUGCCUUUUGGUAAAUGGUGCAAGAAACACAUUGACCGUUUAAAAGUCGACACAAUCGACGGGGCGGGCGGAAGUGUGGCAGUGGCGAAAAGCUCGCAACUGCAUGAGGAGAAAGGAAGCGGCGCGCCGUGCGACGUGAUAAGGCAGCCAGGCGGCGUGCAGGGGGGGAGGGCGAGCGACAGGGAGGGAAGGAGGGGCGCGGAGCGGGGCGCGGCGUGCGGGGUGCGCGCGCACCGGCACCCCGCGCCGCGCCACUCGCCUCCCGGUCGAUGUAACCGCGAGAAGCCUCCGUGCAAGUACUUCCAUCCGCCGCAGCACCUCAAGGACCAGCUACUUAUCAACGGGCGGAAUCACUUAGCUCUCAAAAACGCCUUAAUGCAACAGAUGGGUCUGACGCCUGGCCAGGUCCUACCUGGCCAGGUCCCCACCGUGGUGGGUGGCGUGAGCGGAGCAGGUGCGGCCGCGAGUCAUCUCGCUGCCCUGGACCCGAUCAGUCUCGCCUUGCUCGCACCGCAGGCUACGUCUCCGUACUUAUCCGGUGUUCCCGGCGUGGGUUCGACGUACGCGCAGUACUACACGCCGCAGCUGGUGCCGGCCAUGUUGGGCCACGACCCAGCUGCCGCUGCUGCAUCACCCUUGGGUGUCAUGCAACAACCUGUGCUGCAACAAAAGCUGCCGCGCACUGACCGUCUAGAGGUGUGCCGGGAGUUCCAGCGUGGCGCGUGCAAGCGCGCCGAGUCCGAGUGUCGCUUCGCGCACCCGCCGCCGCCUGUCGUAGCGCACGACGACGGCUGUGUCACGGUGUGCAUGGACGCCGUCAAGGGCCGCUGCGUCCGCGACCCCUGCCGCUAUUUCCACCCUCCCCUGCACCUGCAGGCGCACCUUAAGGCGCAGGCGCGCGGCGCGGUACGCCACCAGGCUGCACGCUCUCGCCUCGAUCGCGCUCGCUUGACUUCUUCCGCUUGGUCUAGCUCGCCGCGACGCCGCUUUUGUUCGCAGAGCUUAUUCUAUUCAGUUCGCCGCGGUAACGAUCCGCCCCACGCUUCCGUCGCACUCACGCUUCACUUUUUAAUUUUUUUUAUCUAUCGCAUAAUAUCACCUUACACUCCGACCCCAGACCCAGCAGCGGUAGCUAAAGAAGUCGCCCAGAAGAACUACGCUGCCGCCUUAGCCCUCGCGGCGCAGCAAUCGGCCAUGGCACACGCGGCCGCGGCGUACACGCAGCAAGCGUUCAAGGCGCGCCACGCUGCCAUGCCGGGGCUGAUGCGCGCGCCCCUGAUGAUGCGGCCUAGCUGGCCAGCUCCGCCGAUGCCGAUGCCGGCGUUCUACCAGCAGCCGUACAUGUACGCGAUGCCGCCCCCCACGCCGCCCGCGGCGGCGGCGGCGGCGGCGGCGGCCGCGGCGGCAUUACUGGACACCCUCCCGGUGUGCCAAGAUUUUAAUCGACAAGGAUGCAACAGACCUACCUGCAGAUUUGUUCAUAUUCGUGAAGGGUGCGGGCUACAGGUGGUGGGGUGUCGUGUGGUAGUGUGCCGCGACGCCGCGGCGGGCACCUGCCGGCGCGCGGCCUGCCGCUACUACCACAUCCCCGUGCAGCUGCCGCCGACUCCGACCCCAGACCCAGCAGCGGUAGCUAAAGAAGUCGCCCAGAAGAACUACGCUGCCGCCUUAGCCCUCGCGGCGCAGCAAUCGGCCAUGGCACACGCGGCCGCGGCGUACACGCAGCAAGCGUUCAAGGCGCGCCACGCUGCCAUGCCGGGGCUGAUGCGCGCGCCCCUGAUGAUGCGGCCUAGCUGGCCAGCUCCGCCGAUGCCGAUGCCGGCGUUCUACCAGCAGCCGUACAUGUACGCGAUGCCGCCCCCCACGCCGCCCGCGGCGGCGGCGGCGGCGGCGGCGGCCGCGGCGGCAGUGAACCCGUACAAAAAGAUGAAGACGACAUAAGCGGCGCGGCGGCCCGCGGCCGGCGGGGCGCGGAGCGCGGGGUCUCCGCUUAGAGACUCAUACGUGUGCGACCGAGUGGCCCCGGCCUGUCGGGGCAUUUAGCGCUAGGCGUGUUGUCACAUUUGUAUUGUAUAAUUGUAAGGACGAAGCGAACGAUUCCCGUUUCGUGGAUGUCUACGUAGUUUUACGCUAUAUCUAUAUUCUAUUGUGUAUCUACUCACUUACCGUUAUUAUCUUAUGCGUGUAUAUUUCUCGUAUCUACGAUCCCGGUAAUAAUAACGCUUGAAAUGCAUGACUGUACGUUUUUUAUUACCUUUUGUCGAUCGUCGUUUAUCGUGAGUAUCGUCGUACUCAGAGUUGAGCGCUUGGUCCGUCGAUCCCGUAUCCCGCUACGUACACGCUUUAUCUCGGAGAAGUUCCGCACGGGUGCGCUUUGGUCAUUGUGUCGACCCAGUACCUAGUGGUUACCGGCUUGCAGCAGCAGGCCCGCACCUAACACAGCUGCCUUCUAAUUUUCGCAUGGAUAGAACCCACCACCCUUGUACGUUUGGCUCAUCAGGUAUUUUUCCUCAUUAUUUUAGUGCUCCUCGUGUGUGCUCAGUGUGCCGGCGUGUCAUCAUGUAGUGUCGCGAUUAGAUGCGCGUCACUUGGCUUUUCAUCUUUGAGUCGCACUUUCUUUCUAUUUAUUUUUAACGCUUUCUGUUACAUGCCUUCCGAAUGACCGCUUCGGCUGUCGUCCGCAUUACAAAUCUUUUGUCGCUUAAUUGUGUCGGAUACGGACAGGCUGUGCGCCGCCGAAUGCCCCUUACGUGGAGUACACCGACGAGCGCGGACAGUUACUGGACACCCUCCCGGUGUGCCAAGAUUUUAAUCGACAAGGAUGCAACAGACCUACCUGCAGAUUUGUUCAUAUUCGUGAAGGGUGCGGGCUACAGGUGGUGGGGUGUCGUGUGGUAGUGUGCCGCGACGCCGCGGCGGGCACCUGCCGGCGCGCGGCCUGCCGCUACUACCACAUCCCCGUGCAGCUGCCGCCGGCCUUGCGACCUCCUUAACCUGCCCCGCCACCCCCUCACCCGUCACCCGUCACCCGUCACCCGUCACACCCGUCACCCCCCACCCUCUUCAGCCCCCUUGGUUCGUUUCCCUCGGCCCAUUCCACCCCAUCAGCAAGUCGCCCGCGCCCCGCGUUUUCCAUAUCGGUCGCGCCUCUGACACACUCGGGAAGGCGGGUCGUUCCGCAGCGGAGGUGGUGAUAUCUUAGUGAUAGCGGUUAGUUUAGCGGCGGUGGCGAGCCGCGCCGCAGCCGGCCGCGACGCGCCGCCGCCGGGCACGUGUGCUAGUCUUCGGGAAAGAGUGUGUACAUAUGUAGCGGGAUAUGUUUCUCAGGCACGGUCAUGCGAUUGUGAUAUGAAUAGUUUUCGAAACGCAGGAGCCGUAUGAUUAAUUUUUGUCGAGAUCGUACCGACGUCGUCGAAUAGUAGUUAGUGAGGUUUCAAAUGUUUUAUUACUAUUAUAUAUUAUUUUUUUAAGAUACGAUAUGAGUUCCUGAUGUGACGUGCGAGUUCGUUGUAUAUAGGCACGACGGCGCGCGCGAGAGCCGCUCGCGCCGCGCCGCAGCUUUCUGGCUUCGGCCGAGGCCGGUGUCAAAAGUUGCAACCCACUCCUAUUGUGAGCAUUUUUGUGAGAAUUAUGUUACUUUUUUACGUAUGUUAUAAUUUAUGAAAUUAUGUUUAUAGAUGACAAGUUUUACACUAGUUUAGAUUAAGCGAAUCGAUAAUAAUGAAACACCAAUAGCGUAGCCGCUUCUCUCCUUCGGCACGAGAACUUUUGACGCCGGAGCACAAUUCACGUUCGGUCGAGCACGGCCCCACUUCACCCUCCCACACCCUUAGCAUAGGUCGCAACACUCCUAGAGUGGAUAGCAAACGAAUAUUCAAAAUGAACAAUGAACGUUGUCGGACAAUAUAUAAAAUCGAAGGCAUUCUUCCGAGUUAUUUACCCACAUUCUAGAAUAGAACGUUGGCUUUUAUUCCAGAUAGAUUCUGCUAGAUCUUAAACCGAUCGAUUUCCGUCUACGGAUGCACAAAUAGUGACCGACGAUCGCGUCCGAUGUACCUUGAAAUUCAGAGUGAUUACAUAGUUCCCCUGUAUCGUUUCAAUCGCAGCAAGCAGUAUUAAGUUUGACUCGAAAUCUCGUAUGUAUGUAGAGGUGAUAUGCGGAUAGAGAGAGGCGGGCGCGCCUGGCGCCGCGGCCGGUCGCGCGGCGGCCGCGACGCGACUGCGACGCGACCGCGACACGCCCCUGGCGGCGCGCGACUGGUCGCGGCGCGCAGGCACAAGCUUCCCGAGGCAUGGAAGCCCAAUGCCUACUAUUAUUCCUAGUCCAUAUCCUUUUGUUGAUCAGUCAUGCGUAUAAUGUUAGAAUAAAAUAUUAAUAAUUUGAUUUAUUCCUCCCAUUUAGUGGAUAUUUUGAUAAUGAUAUAUUAAUAAUGAAAUAUUUAAGAUACAUAAUACAUAUUUGAUUCUAAAUCCUGAUAAAGUGACACUACGUUAGUAAUUUAGUCGGAGGGAUACUUGUGCCGUGAUUAUAUUUUUAGGUAUAUAUUAUAAAAUGAAUAAUUCCUAGCGUCGGAAUUAAAGAAGUGAUUAAUGUGUAAGUGCGUUAUAUUUAUUGUCGUAUAUCGUAAGUGGAAUGCCAUAUCGAUAAAAGAUGAAUAGCGAAAAUUGGAGUUAAACUCGUUAGGAGGUCGUUUGUGUUUUGUAUUGAUUGUUAUUAUCGGUUUCGAGCUGGAGGCUGGCGUGACGUUUCGCUUUUAUCAAUACGGCAAUAUGACUCUUAAACACAUAAGUUGUCAUCCUUUAUUUUAUAUUUUUUGUUGAAAUUUAUCGUUUCAAGGAUUAUUUGUUGCCUAUAAUUUUAUAAUCAAAAUUUUAUGAUCUGACGCAUUUAUUGUAAGACAAUCGAUUAAUUUUAUAAUUAAUUAGUGUGAUAAUAAAUAUAAUGGUAUCAAAUUGCCGUUAUAAAAGAUAGAACAUCGAAAGUAUCCUUCCUGUUUAGAAGGGACUCUUCUGGCCCAAGGUUUCUAGUGGAUUUUAUAUUUUUCUUUUUGUUGUAUUUUUAAUGUUGCGUGUGUCUUACACAUAAUAUAUUUCAUUUUUGUGAUAUUUUUAACUAUAAAGUACUGUUAUUGUAAAUCCAAAUGGAAUAAUGGAGACCUAAUUAAAUAUUCAAGAAUUUAUUUGUAAAUCACAAAAAAAAUGUAAAACUGUAAAUAUAUUGACAAAAAAAAUGAACUGCAACACAAUAAUUGAUUAUUAUUAUUAUUAUUAUCUCUCAUGAAGUACACUGUAAGUUCUUAAUACCUAAAUAAUGGUAUGUUAUUAUGUAGUAGGUACAGUCUACUAAAAGUAAACCGGUCCAGUGAACAAAGUAUUGAUAUAAUAUUGUGAACAUUUUUUUAUUCAUGAGCAAUCACAGAAAGUACAUGACAUUGUAAUAUUAUUUAUGAAAUUACUAUGUGAUGUGAUCUUCGGAUCGAUUUUGAGUACAGUAUAGAUAAUAAACAACUGAAUAUGUGA